GGUAGCUCUCUUUAUGUCGAUGAAAGGUGCUAUAGAAAUAAAGCUUUUCUUACUUUUAUGUAGUUAUUUUUUUUUGACGUUCUAACAUUUCUUGGUCUUGGCCCCCUGUGAAUUUUUUCUGGGGUCGCCCCUGCUGUGUUACGUCCUGUGGCCACCACAUGGGGACGCUGCUGCGCCGUUCAACGUGAUGUUUAAUUAGCACCAAACCAAAAGUCAACAUGUCUGUUGGUCUUUGUUCCUCCUUUAAACUGCUCGGUGUUGGCGGGCUGUCUGUGUCCAUUAACUGAACUGAUAGUGUUUAUUUAACCAGACCCCUCCUCCUCUUUUUCCUCCUCAUCCUCCCCCUCCUCCUCCUGUCUCCUCCCUCCCUGCUCAUAUCUCCGCUCCGGCCCUCCCGUUCUCUCCAGUCUGCUGCUGCCGCUCUCCGCGCCUCCUGUCCGGCCGCAGCGCGCCGCUUGUCUCCGGUCGGACCGCCGGCCCUCGCCCCGCUCGGUGCGGACAUGCUCCCGGGGCUCCGGAGAUGAGGCUCCGCAAUGUCUCAGUCCUGACCGUCUUGUUGUUCGGGCUGAGCGGGCUGGUCUCGCUGUCCUGGUACACCGCCUUCAGCAGCUCCAGAGGAGAUGUGGUGGACAUCUACCAGAGGGAGUUCCUGGCCCUGAGGGAGCGCCUGCACUCGGCCGAGCAGGAGAACCUGCGGCGCUCCAAGGAGCUGAACCUGGUUCUGGAGGAGAUCAAGCGGGCCAUCGCCGAGAAGCAGGCGCUGCGGGACAUCAACCGCACCUGGAGCAGCCUGUCAGAGGAAACGCGGCUGAAGCUGUGGAACGUGAGCAGCAGUAAAAAUGUCCUGCAGCUUCCCUCCAUCUUCCAUCAUCUUCCUCACCUGCUGAGCCGCGAGGACAGCCUGCAGCCCGCCAUUCACCUGGGCCAGGGACGCACCGGAGUCUCCAUAGUGAUGGGCGUCCCCAGCGUGAAGAGGGAGGUCCACUCCUACCUGACAGACACGCUCAGCUCUCUGAUGUCGGAGCUCAGCCCGGCAGAGAAGGACGACUGCGUCAUCGUCGUCCUCAUUGCAGAGGCCGACCAGCAGUACGCCAGCGGUGUAGCCGAGAGCCUGAAGCGCCUUUUCCCGACUGAGAUCCAGUCUGGCCUCCUGGAGGUCGUCUCUCCGUCGCUCCACUUCUACCCAGACUUCUCCAAACUCAGAGAAUCCUUUGGCGACCCAAAGGAGCGGGUCCGGUGGAGGACGAAGCAGAACCUGGACUACUGCUUCCUGAUGAUGUACGCUCAGACCAAAGGAACGUACUACGUUCAGUUGGAGGAUGACAUCGUGGCGCGUCCGAACUACUUCACCACCAUGAAGAACUUUGCGCUGCAGCAGCCGUCGGAGGAGUGGAUGAUCCUGGAGUUCUCCCAGCUCGGAUUCAUCGGUAAAAUGUUCAAGUCUCUGGAUCUGUCGCUCAUCGUGGAGUUCAUGCUGAUGUUCUAUAAGGACAAACCCAUCGACUGGCUGCUCGACCACAUCAUGUGGGUCAAAGUGUGCAACCCGGAAAAGGACGCAAAACACUGCGACCGGCAGAAAGCCAACCUGAGGAUCCGAUUCAAGCCGUCGCUCUUCCAGCACGUCGGCACUCACUCGUCUCUGGCCGGGAAGAUCCAGAAGCUGAAGGAUAAGGACUUUGGGAAGCAGACGCUGCAUAAGGGUCACGCCAACCCGCAGGCGGAGGUGACCACCAGCCUGAAGACCUACCAGCACUUCACCCUGGAGAAGGCCUACGCCGGAGAGGACUUCUUCUGGGCCUUCACGCCCGUGGCUGGCGACUUCAUCAGGAUCCGCUUCUUCACGCCAGUCCGCAUCGAGAGGUUCUUCUUCCGGAGUGGAAACAUCGAGCAUCCAGGAGACAAACUGUUCAACACGUCAGUGGAGGUUCUGCCGUUCGAUAAUAUUCAGGCUGAGAAGGAGGCGCUGACGGACGGGAGGGAGAAGAAGCCAAAGUACCAUCGGACCGAGGACGGAUUCAUCCGGAUCGGAUCCUUCCAGAACGGGAUCGCAGAGGGAGAGGUCGACCCGACCUUCGGGCCCCUGGAGGCCAUGCGCCUCACCGUGACCACGGACUCACCUGUCUGGGUGAUCCUCAGCGAGAUCUUCAUAAAGAAAGCGGAGUGAAGCUCCGCCUCCUCAGCUCACCUACCUGAGUGCAGAGCGGCGCCCCCGUGUGGCCGAGCCUCGCCGCUGCUGAGCCAUUCAGCUCAGAGACUGAAACCCAUCGGACAGGCGGCACCUGCUGGUUCCCACGGCAACGCGGACCAUCCAGAGUUCUGUAGUUAUGUGUACAUACGGUAAGAUAAAUGUGAAAACACUGGAAGUCGGAGCGCCGAGCCGCUUCCGAUGAUCGAUCUGCUGCUUCGACACACUUCCUGUCUGCAGACACGCCCCUUCCUGCCGUCACACACCACCUUCACACACACUCACGGGCGCGUGUGAGUGCGUGUCAGCCGCUGUGGGUCCUCCCUCCGUCGGUUAACGAGUUGCCUUAACGAGGACAGAGCAGACAGCGUCCAUGUAGCGUCCGUCCUGCUGAAACUACUGAAGGCGUUUGGAGUUUGACCUGAGGCCUUCUCGCCACAGCGCCCCUGUUUACUGCGCCGCCUGGAAACUUUCUGUUUUCUGUAGAGAGACUGUUUUCCAUCCAGACGCUGUCUUCCAGAGAGAGACUAGCCUGCGGGCUCAGAGCAGAGGAAGUUCGGAUAGAUGGUUCCCGUUCUGUCGUUCCUUCACAUCAGCUGUAGGUGCCUUCUGAUGUAAAUAGUCCCGAAACACGGGUCGCUCUUCCCGACCAUAUUUUACUCCCUUUAGUUUGGAUAUUAGAUGUGGAGGAACAGCAGAUUCUCUUCUGAUAAAAAAUGCCAAGAAGUUUUUCUACACCACGUCACACCGGAUCUGCAGCCGUUCUCCUUCACAGCAGGACGUCAAAAAUGUUUCAACUGUGGAUACAAGCAUCAACAUUAGCAUGCUAACCCCUACGGUCCAGUGUUCUAUAAUGACGGCCAUUUUUCUAGAGGUUUGCCUUUUUUUUAAAAACUAAUAUUUGCCAUAAAAUGUUCCUCAUUUCCAUGGAGGAACUUUGUGUCUCCAUAAAACUUCAAAAUGAUAAAAAACGGCAGAAUCAGAAACUGAGGAUUUUGCUGUUAGCGAGACAUGGACCACUUAUGGUUAGCAUUAGCUUCACUCAUUUUUUUAACAUAUUGAGCAGUUUAGCGUUAGCAUAGCUAAGGUUCUUCUUUAGUUAGUGGCUGGAGAACCAUACAUAGCUUAACUGGUUAGCGGUCGCUAAUAAUUCCUGCUAACUUAGUGCAAACAUCUAUUCUCCAUUAAAAUCAUGGCGGCCAUUUUGAAAAAUGUCCACCAGAAAAAGGAAACACAAGAUCAGGAAAAUAUAAAUAAUUUGUAUAGUUGAAAGUAUUUAGGCUUUAAUUUGACACCAAACACCUAAUUGGAGAUUUUUGUGCAAAACUAAAAUGUAAUUUCCAUGACAACAGUGGCCAUCUUGAAAAAUCAAAAACUUACCAGUAAUUAUGAUUUCUAUGGGUUAUGUAUGAUUUGACACCAACAGCAUUACAUUUUGGCAAAGUUAGGGCCACAAUAUAUUUUCCUUGACGACCACAGCGGCCAUCUUGAGUGUUUCAGAGACUAACGCUUUUGUUUUUUGGGAACAUUUGUGCCAUGUUUGGUUCUUGUAUCCGCAUGUGAAAGAUUUUGCUGAAACGUUAAGUCUGCUGGUCAAUACCUCCUGCUGUGAUGUUCUGCUUUCAUUUUGAAGCUUUUUACAAUCAAACCCUCCAGACUCACUGCGGGUUUCACAAACACUGCUGCAGAAAAGGGUUUGAGAAAGAUUUUCACAAUCAUUUUUCUAGUUUGAGCUCUUGAGUAACAAAGUUUUCAGUCAGGUUUUUCAGAAAAGCUAAAAACAAGCUGGUUUGGUGAAACAAGAAAGGAGAUCCAGUCAGUUUGGUGAUUUUUCCCAUCAGAUCGUUGGAUUGUUUCGGUAAACAAAACCAGGAAAGUGACCUCAGGGAACGAUUUAUCUGGACUUUUCCUCCGCUCAGAUGGAGCUCCGGUCUCUCUGUCCAGACUCGCUGAGCAUAACUUGAGUUUAUUUUGUUUCCUCUUGGAUGCACUGGAUUGCAUUGCUGUCAUCUUGUUUGUGUCUUUUGUACCCUUUAGAUAAACUAUUUAAAUGAGCAUAAACUUCUAUCCAAUCUGUGGAUUGUAAUAAAGAGAGAAAAUAAAAUCA